AUGGCUUCAACAACAACAACAACAACAAAGAUGUCAUCUCUACCGCUUCUUCUCAUUCUCCUUGUCAUUUCUUCUAUUCUUGUUGAGGCAGAGCUCGACAGCAACACGACUCUAAAAGUUCUUUUGAAGGUGAAGAAGUCGUUUUUGGAAGACCCAACAUCCGAAACAGCCUUGCAUGGAUGGUCUGAAAGCAACCCGAAUUUCUGUACUUGGAGAGGAGUGACAUGCGGGUCUGACUCGGUCGGUGACUCGCUCCAAGUGACCGGACUCAACCUCUCCGACUCGUCACUCGGAGGGUCGAUAUCUCCCCAACUCGGUAGUUUGAAGUACCUGCUCCACCUCGACCUCUCUUCUAACGGCCUCAAGGGUCCCAUUCCACCAGCCCUCUCAAACCUCUCUUCCUUGGAAUCUUUGCUCCUCUUCUCCAACCAACUCGGUGGCCCCAUCCCGAGUGAACUCGGCUCGCUGACGAGUCUCCGAGUCAUGAGAAUCGGUGACAAUGAGCUAACCGGGUCCAUUCCGGCCUCAUUUGGUAACCUUGUGAAUUUGGUCACUCUUGGGCUCGCGUCAUGUGGUCUCAGCGGUCCAAUACCGCCCCAACUCGGCCGGCUCGAUCAGCUGGAGAAUUUAAUCCUCCAGCUGAACCAACUCGAGGGUCCAAUCCCGGCCGAGUUGGGAAACUGCACUAGCCUCACUGUGUUCACAGCUGCUCAAAAUAAACUCAACAGCUCGAUUCCCCGGGAAUUGGGCCAGCUCACCAAUCUGCAGCUACUCAAUUUGGUCAACAACAGCCUCUCCGGCGAGAUACCGAGUCAACUCGGUGGGAUGAGUCAACUCGAGUACCUGAAUUUGAUGGGGAACCAACUGGAGGGUGCAAUACCAAAGUCCUUGGCUCAAUUGGGCAAUCUUCAGAAUCUUGAUUUGUCUGUUAACAAGCUCACAGGAGGAAUCCCAGAGGAACUAGGUAACAUGAGUCAGCUGGUUUACUUGGUUUUGUCCAACAACAAUCUCUCUGGUGUUGUACCAAAGACUAUAUGCUCCAAUGCAACAAGUUUGGAGCACUUGAUGAUAUCUGAUGCUCAAAUUUUCGGCGAAAUCCCUGCUGGGCUGAGCCAGUGUCAAUCCCUGAAGCAACUUGACUUGUCCAACAAUUCAAUGAAUGGAUCAAUUCCACUUGAGCUUUAUAGCUUGGUGGAGUUAACUGACCUCUUGCUCCACAACAACAGCUUGGUUGGUUCAAUUUCUCCUUAUAUAGGCAACCUCAGCAAUCUUCUGAGUCUUGUUUUGUAUCACAACAAUUUGCAGGGUCCUCUGCCGAAAGAAAUUGGUAUGCUUGGGCAGCUUGAGAUUUUGUAUCUCUACGAUAACCAGCUCAGUGGUGAAAUACCAAUUGAGAUUGGAAAUUGUUCGAGUUUGCAGAUGAUUGAUUUCUAUGGAAACAAGUUCAGUGGGGAGAUUCCGAUCACUAUUGGGAGGCUCAAGGAUUUGAACUUUCUUCAUAUCAGGCAGAAUGAGCUAGUGGGUGAGCUUCCUGCCACAUUGGGAAACUGUCAUCAACUAACUAUCCUGGACUUGGCGGAUAACCAUUUGUCUGGUGGCAUUCCUAUUACAUUUGGGUCUCUUCAAGCAAUGGAGCAGUUCAUGCUGUACAACAAUUCACUUGAAGGUAAUCUUCCUGAAACAUUGGUUAAUAUGGUGAAUUUGACUAGAGUGAAUCUGUCAAAAAACAAAUUGAAUGGAAGCAUUGCUGCAUUGUGUAGCUCGAAUUCAUUCCUUUCUUUUGAUGUCACUGACAAUGCAUUUGAUGGUGAGAUUCCUCCCCAUCUGGGUAAUUCAACCUCCCUUGAGAGGUUGAGAUUGGGGAACAACCAGUUUACGGGUCCAAUCCCGGUGACAUUGGGAAAAAUCAGUGAGCUAUCGCUGCUAGAUGUGUCAGGGAAUUCACUCACCGGAUCCGUGCCAGCUGAGUUUUCAUCCUGCAAGAAACUGUCCCAUUUUGAUUUGAACAACAACCUUCUGUCUGGCACUAUCCCAGUAUGGCUUGGAAGUUUGCCUCAGCUAGGAGAAUUGAAGCUUUCCUCGAAUCACUUCACAGGGACACUUCCCCAAGAGUUGUUCAAUUGUUCUAAACUGCUAGUGCUUUCUUUGAAUGACAAUUUGCUCAAUGGAACCCUCCCUGCUGAGAUUGGUAACUUGGAUUCUCUUAAUGUCUUAAACCUCAACCACAACCAAUUCUCGGGACCAAUCCCUCCAGCCAUUGGGAAGCUAGGCAAUCUCUAUGAGCUUAAGCUCUCACAGAACAGCUUUGAUGGUGACAUACCCUAUGAGGUCGGACAACUCCAAAAUCUUCAGAGCAUGUUAGACCUCAGUUACAAUAAACUGAGUGGUCAGAUCCCGGCCUCUAUUGGGACACUCUCAAAACUUGAGGCACUUGAUCUAUCUCACAAUCAACUUAAUGGAGAAGUCCCCUCUACUAUUGGUGCGAUGAGUAGCUUGGGAAAGCUUAAUCUCACUUACAACAAUCUGGAAGGAAAACUAAGCAAGCAACUCUCACACUGGCCAGCCGAGGCCUUUGUAGGGAAUUUACAUCUUUGUGGGAACCCUCUUGGUAGCUGCAAUGGCAGCAAGAACCAGUCAGGUCCAAAUGAAGCGACUGUGGUCGUCAUCUCUGCAUUAUGCACAUUAGCUGCAAUUGCUCUGCUAAUAUUUGGAGCUGCUUCUUUCUUGAAACACAAGCGAGAAGCUUUUAGAAAAUCCAGUGAAGUGAACUAUGUGUACUCAUCGAGUUCUUCUCAUACUAAGCGGAGACUGCUAUUUUCAAAUGGUUCUGUCAAGCCAGAUUUCAAGUGGAAAGAUAUCAUGGACGCCACCAACAAUCUAAGUAAAGAGUUUGUGAUUGGAUCAGGAGGAUCAGGAGUAGUGUACAGAGCUGAAUUGGCUACUGGAGAAAUUGUGGCAGUGAAGAAGAUUUUGUACAAGGAUGACCUUAUGUCAAAUAAAAGCUUCACAAGGGAGAUUAAGACGCUUGGGAGGAUAAGGCACAGGCAUUUAGUGAAGCUAAUGGGGUACUGUAGCAACAAAGGAGCAGGCUCCAAUCUGCUGAUCUAUGAGUACAUGGAAAACGGAAGCGUAUGGGAUUGGAUACACCAAGAACAAGUUAACAGCAAGAAGAAGAGCCUUGAUUGGGAAGCAAGGUUAAAGAUUGCAGUUGGGCUAGCUCAAGGAGUGGAGUAUCUCCACCAUGACUGUGCGCCAAAGAUCAUUCACAGGGACAUCAAAUCCAGCAAUGUCUUGCUAGACUCGAAUAUGGAGGCACAUCUUGGGGAUUUUGGCCUUGCCAAGACACUCGAUGACAACUUUGAGUCUAACACAGAAUCAAAUACAUGGUUUGCUGGAUCCUAUGGUUACAUAGCACCAGAGUAUGCAUAUUCGCUCAAGGCCACAGAAAAGAGUGAUGUCUACAGCAUGGGAAUUGUGUUAAUGGAGAUUGUCAGCGGAAAAAUGCCGACAGACACGUCUUUCGGAGUGGAGAUGGACAUGGUGAGAUGGGUGGAGACGCAUAUUGAAAUGCAAGGUCAUGCUCGUGAGGAAUUGAUAGACCCUGCACUGAGACCACUCUUAUCCGGGGAAGAAUCUGCAGCGUUCCAAGUGCUGGAGAUAGCACUGCAGUGCACAAAGACCAGCCCGGCAGAGAGGCCUUCAUCACGGGAAGCUUGUGAUCAGCUACUACAUGUUUUCAAUCAUAGGAUGGCGGAGUUUGAUAAGACGAACAUAGAUAAGGUCUGAUAUCAGAUUACGUACAGGUCUGAUAUCAGAUUACGUACAGGUCUGAUAUCAGAAUAAGUACACUGAGGUUUAGUUUUGGCCAGCAACUAUCAUGUAUUGUUGAAGCCACAAUUGUAAGCAGCCAGAAUAUAAGUUCUCUUGAGGCAAGUGUCAAUGAUUGUUUGUAAGAGUUUAUUAUAUUUAUGAUCAAUGGUUUUGUUUUCAGUUUUC